AUGGCUUCCGCAGGAGAUGCUCGGCUUAUGAAGUCGACCAAAUUCCCUACAGAGUUCAAUCAAAAGGUUGACAUGCAAAAGGUCAAUCUGCAGGUUAUAAAAAAAUGGAUUGCCAACAAGAUUUCGGAAAUCUUGGGUAGCGAAGACGAUGUCGUAAUCGAGCUAUGCUUCAAUCUUAUCGAAGGACCCAGACAUCCCGAUAUCAAAUCGCUUCAAAUACAGCUUACCGGGUUUCUAGACAAGGAUACUGGACCAUUCUGCAAGGAGCUAUGGAAAUUGCUGUUGAGUGCUCAAAGUAACCCUCAGGGAGUCCCCAAAGAGCUAUUAGAAGCAAAGAAGCUUGAGCUUAUGCAGGAAAAGAUGGAAGCCGACAGAGCUGCUGAAAAUGCCAGAAAACGUCGCGACGACUCGGACCGCCGUGAUCGAGAAAUUGCAGAAUUGAAGGAUCGAGACCGUCGAGACCGAGCAAAUGAUAGAGGUGAUCGAUCUGGCCGCCGUGGAGAUCGGGCUCCUGAAGGCCGUGGAAGAGGCGGUCAUGGUCGGGGUGGCCGAGGGCGCGAUCGCGAUCGUGGCUGGCAGCGGCGACGAAGUCGCUCACCAUCCGGCGAUCGAGGCUCUAGAAGCCCUCCGCGCCGCAAAGGACCACCCGCACGAUUUAGAGACUCGAGAAAGAGAUCUAGAUCUCCUCGUGGCGAUGCUUACCGACCAAGGCGACAGUCGCGCAAUGGAAGGGAUCGCCGUGAUGCUAGAAAUCGACGCUCACCAUCUUCAGAGCGCGCCUCACCUCCACCGAAGCGAAGACGGCAGUCUACCUCCAGAAGUCUCUCUGGAGAGCGCAGAAGACGUCACUCGGAUACACCAUCCUCCGUUUCGCGGAGUUCCUCGGUGGCCCGUAGCCGCAGCCCCAAUCACCGUCGUAAUCGAUCCGUCGACAGCGCUGGAUCAAGUUCACACGCGAAACGCCGACAAGAUCGCCGACGAGGUGCCAGGGGCAAGGAAUCUGAAAGGCAGAGACGCAAUAGCUCCUCUCCGCCCUCGUCUCCGUCAAACCGUGGCAAGUCGGCUGAUAUUUUGGAAGAUGAAUCGCGUGCUCCGAAUUCCUAG